AUGGGACGGAUGACACGCUGGACUGCACUCGCAUCACUCGCACUCGCAGCCAUCGCACCGGCAACCGCGCGCGAGACGCUCGACGAAGCAGCCGUACAUGCACGCGAACUCAUCGCUUACCGUGCGAAGAAUACCGGCACUCUCAUGAGCGUCUUCCCGGGGGAUGCGCAGGUGCCCACGCCUGGUCUUCCCUUUGGACUGCAAGAGUACUAUGCGCACUACCCCGACUCGAAUGGCGACCUGCUCCUCCUCGCAAUGCCCAUCGCAGCCAUCUACCGCAACGCCCUUCCACCCAACGCUCCCAACCUCACCAUGACGAUCAACGACAUGUACGGGUUCGGGAACGGGAACUUGGCGGCAGGGAGGAUGCGCGUCGCCCUCUUUGGCACGCUCGAGCGGGUCGAGGGCGAGAAGGAGAUUGAGAAGUGCAGGCAGGCGUACCUCGAGGCCCACCCUGAUGCGAGGGGCUGGAUCCCGCCUGGCGGUCCUCACGCCGCCUUCUACGCCCGCUUUCGCGUCAAUAAGGUCUACGCUUUCAACGGCUUUGGCGACGUUGCCUUUAUCGGCUGGGUCCCACUCGACCUUUACCGCUCUUCAGGUGCCAAGAUGCGCUCAGCGAAGGAGGUCCACCGCGACUGGCCUGUCCCGCGCCAGCCCGAAGAGAACGACGAGUUUGGCGUCGUCGACUUGUUCGGCGAGCAGGGCGGCGACCAUGGUGUUGCGCGGAUCUUGCCUGUUGCGCAGGAGGAGAUCGAGGUCGAGGAGAAGCGCAGGGAGAGGUUCCGUGUCCAGCUUUCGUAG